CCCCCAUCAGCUCCUCUGCCUCCCUCCUCUGGCAAGCAAUGGUCGAGUUCAAGCUACCCACAUGGUACACGACGCCUAUGGCGCAAGUGGUGCUUGUCGGCAUCACCUGCUUUGCCACAGUCGGCAUGUUCAGCGCGGUCUCCAACUUGGGUGCUGGAGGUCUUAGCGACAUCACGCUCUCCGACACCUCCCAAGGUGUCCUCUACGGCACCUUCGCCAUCACCGGUCUCGUCAGUGGUGGUAUCAGCAACUUGCUUGGUCCCCGGCUCACGCUCUUCCUCGGUACUCUCGGUUACGCGCUCUACGUCGGUUCCCUAUGGUGCUACCAGACGCAGGGGACCGGCUGGUUCGUCAUCCUCGCGGGGGCGAUCCUGGGUGUUUCUGCGGCGCUGCUGUGGUCGGCGCAGGGCGCGAUUAUGAUGUCGUACCCGCUCGAGAAGGACAAGGGGAAGGCGUUUGCGAUCUUCUGGGCCAUCUUCCAGCUCGGGGCCUUCAUCGGCUCGAUCAUCGCCCUCGCGAUCAACAUCGAGAGCGGAGGCCUCUCCGCCGUGUCGACCUCGACGUACAUCGCGUUCUUGGUCAUCAUCUUCAUUGGUGUCGCCUCGGCGUGGUUGAUCCUGCCGCCCAACAGGGUCGUCCGGUCCGACGGCACCAUCGUCAAGCUCGAGGCGUUCUCCAAGCCGCACGAAGAGGUCGUCGGCAUGAUCCGCCUCUUUAAGGACUGGCGCAUGCUCGCACUCGUGCCGAUGUUCUUCGCGUCGAACUACUUCUACGCGUACCAGGGCUCGAUCAACACGAACAUGUUCGACGGGCCGACGCGUGCACUCAACGCGACGCUCGAGGGCGCGGGCGCGAUCGUCGGCGCGCUCAUGAUCGGGUACUUCUGCCUCGACCUCAAGUUCCUGCGGCGCCGCACGCGCGGGCUCCUUGGUUUGGCCGUCGUCACCGUGCUCGUCGUCAUCGUGUGGGCGGUCAGUCUCUCGUGGCAGGUCACGUUUACGCGCGCGGACGUGAGCGACGCGAACCGCAUCAACUACCAUGACGCGAACUACAAGGGCAAGGGCGCGCUCUUCUUCUUCUACUACUUCUCCGAUGCGUGCUACCAGGCGCUCGCGUACUGGAUCAUGUCCGCGCUCACGAACGACCCCUUCAAGCUCGCGCGGUACGCUGGCCUGUACAAGGCACUCCAGUCCGCCGGUUCCGCGGGCUCGUUCGGCAUGGACGCCGUCUCGACGCCGUUCCUCAACGAGCACCUCGCGUCGUGGAUCCUGAUGCUCGCGUCGAUCCCGCUCGCGUACCUCGUGCUCCGGACCGUGAAGGAGACGAAUUACGGCGACGAGAAGAUGGUGUACGUGGACGACCUGAAGCACGGGGCCGCGGAGGAGGGCGCCGCGGAUGCGCCGGCGACGCGCACGGAGAGCAUCGAGAAGGGCAGCGUGUCGGACCGCGCGGAGGAUACCCCACGCCCGCUCGUCGCCUCCGCGUAGAGUGUAGACGGCUCUAGGGAUUCUCGCUGUUUGCUUGUUGCGCCGAUGGUAUACCCCUGGCCAUCGGCGGCUGGGACGUGCUGCUUUUUGUUACGCUCACGACAUGGAUGUAUAGUACGAGUACGGUGUGGCCUGGGGCGGCUCGGACAGACUUAGGCCUGCAGUUUUGUGGGUACCGCCGCUCUGCCUUGCACGAUAGCGACUCUGCGCUUGGGAUGCGCGUACUUAUUUUGGUAUUCCCGGCGGUGUCUGCGGUGGCCCUCCCUCCUCUGUAAUGCUUUGAUGUGUUUCGUUGCUCAUGGAUGUUUCGCUAAUGACAUGCACGGAUCUCUCGGA